GCCCAACCAUAACGUUUAAGAACGAAACAUAAACAUUAAUUUCCUAAAAUAUUGUAUUCCAAUUGUAUUGCCACAAUUUCAGCUUUUGGGGACUAACUUCAGUAAAUAGUUAUUAGUUGUUGAAAUGCAUCUAGGAGCUUUGAAAUUAGCCAAAAAACAAAAGGAAGCGAAACUAGCUGCAGCAUUUCCCAAAGGAAUACGGUGUCAGAAAUGUCUAGAAUUCGGUCAUUGGAGCUAUGAAUGUAAAGGCAAACGAAAGUAUGUGCAUCGUUCCUCCCGGACACAAGUGCUGAAGAAGAAUUUAAAUAAACUGGAAAGCAAAGAAGUCAUGAGGAGUGACGCCCCAAAAGCCAAGAAGGAUAAAUAUGAAAAUAAUCACGAAACAGCAAAUAGUAGUAGCAGCGAUGAUAGCUCAUCAAGUUCAGAUUCUUCAUCUGACUCGAGCUCUAGUGAUAGUGAUAGUAGUUCGAGCAGCAGUUCUGAAAGUGAUUUCAGCAGUAGUAGCAGUAGUAAUAGUAGCGAUAGUGAAUCGGAUAGUAGCUCAUCUAGUUCAGAUUCUGAUGAAAACACCACAAAAAAGAAAUCAAAAACCAAAAGGAAAAAAUGAAAACACUUGCAUUUAGUCUUUUAUCCCGUUGCUGUUGACGAAUAAACGAUACGUUGUUUAUAAUUCAUUGAUUUCGGGAAGACUAUAGAAUCGCUAGUUUCCAACCAAGAAAAAAUGAUUUUCGUUAAUAAGAAGGCCCUUGCCUGAAAAUUAAACUAAUAUUUUUUUCGGCAUAGCAUAAAUAGCAUAAGUCUUGGAGAGAUUCGUCGUUAUUCACUUAUCAUGAAUUUUAUAACACUGGAAAAUUAUUUUAUGAAUUAUAUAUAAAGC